CUUUUGUUGUAGAUAAGGCUCGUUCCCAUUGUGUGCGGCUUGUACCUGUGGAGAUUCCUGACAAAAUUUGUGGUUGUUCACCAGAGUCAUUGAGGGUCAGCCCAGGGAAGACUAUUGCUGUGAUCACAAUGAAUGGAUGAUAUGAUCUAAGCAUGCCUGAGUUGAGAUGUGAGGCAUGCCAAGCCACUUGGGCUGCUGGAGUGGUCGACCUAAAUCGAAGUGACUACUGGCCUGCGACCCUUCACUUUGCCACAAUUUAUGCCACAGAUGUCUUUUUUUCAUUCGAAGAAAUGAAGAUGGCAGCACCAGGACUGUCCUGCCAAGCAUUUUUAAGAAUUAAAAAAUUAAGAACUGUCCGCUUUGGUUGUACUGGCAAGAUCUCCACAGACAGUUUUCAGAAAAGUUUUUUUGAGUGGGAGGCUGUGCUAUAUGAGGUGGACAAAAUCUGCAAGGAAGAGCCCUUCAUCUGUCCUGCGUGCACCCCAGUUAUGCUGGCAGUUUCAGUAGAUGGAAACUGCAAGCAUUACCGUUUCAAGAAUGCAGCUAGAUCUGAGGAACAGGCCAUCUUUGAAGACGUCUUUAUAGCUAAGGAUGAAGAUGUGACCAGAUUUGUGGACUACAUUCACAAGACAUCCAAACAUGUCAGUGGAAGAGGUGUUUGUGGAGGGGAGUGGUCAGCAGCCAGAGAGACCUCCCAAAGAUCUGCCAGCAAGGUAGACGAGGAGGGAUUGGAGCUUGCGGUGUGUCGGCACGGAGUGCUGCUCUGUGCUUUAAAUAUGUACAGGGGGGAAAAUUUUGCCUAUCCCCUGUACCUGCAAGAAAAGUUGGCCAGUAGGCAAAACUUUUUUUGUAUGGAUGUGACCUGCAAAUAUUGGCCCUACCUCCAAAGAGUUGCAAAAAGCUGCCCAGAGCUCCAGCACCUUCUUAACAUGAAGCCCUUCCUUUCGGUAUUCCAUGCCAAAGCACAUGAUUUUAAAUGCGAGGUGAAAUGGAGUGGGGCAUAUCAGGAUGGGGCUGGUUUAACACUAGGGGAGGAGGUGGAACAGUGCCAUGCUUUCCUCUCUAGGAUUGCAGUGACCACAAAACACAUGUCCAAAGCAGGACGCACAGACAUGCUGACUCUCAUGGCCAUGCGCUGGAAUCAGCAAAAGUUCAAUAAUUUGGCCACCGCACUGACCCGGCGAAAUCAGAAGACCACAAAAGCUCUGCAAAGCCAGUUGCAAAACCUAGAGUCCAUGAAAGUCGAACUUGCAGUGACAGAGAGCCAAUUGGAAGACUGGGUCAAUGAUGUAAAGGAGUGGGCAGACGCAACAACAACAACCACAAAUGAUGUUGCCUUGGCCAGCAGAAUUGAGGUGCUGGUGGCGAGUAUCAAGAGACAUUCCCAGCGUCUCUAUAAAGAUACAGAUGGCAACAAAGGUCAUGCCAGGAUCUGCCGCAAGAUCAGGGAGGAGAAGGAGAUCCUGACAUCAGUUGUAGAGAAAUACAACAAAAUGGUUCCAAACACAGAAACUCUGUGCUUGGAAACCAUUUUGUCUGGUGAGACAGCUUGGCUAUGGCAGCUACCACACAGUGACUCUGUCGAACUAAGGACAAAGAGAAAGGCAUUCGACAUCAUCAUGUCAGUAAGGAGACUUCAGGAGGAGCAGAAGAUUCUUGUUACAGAGAUGGACAACCAUUGGAAAUAUCUUUCAACUCGUGCUGAGACCCUCAGAGAACUGUCCUGCUUGUUUGCCAGUGAGACACUGAAAAACAUAGCCAUGGUGGUGGGCUACCUGGUUAUUAGCCGGCCGUUCCUGGACCUCACAAACCAGCGGCAUGUGAACAGCACAUACUCUGAACGACUGGAAGACUACUACCAGAGUGGGCGGAUGUUGAUAAGUUUGGCGCAGGCCCUGGGAAGGAUCGUCCUGGCAGGCAGAGAGAUGACCAGACUGUCCUGGUUCACUGCACGGAUCACAGAAAUUCAGGAAGUCCUUAAGGAGCUGAAUUCAGGCAGAUAUGAACGGACCAUGGUAAGACAGAGAAUCAAAGAUGAUUCAGUAGAGAAAAUCCCUCUUACCCCUGGGAGAGGUAAAAUCAUCAUCGCAGACAACAUUAUCAAGUUUGAACACAUACCUUUAGCGACGCCCAAUGGAGACAUUCUCAUUCGUGACUUGUGUUUUGAGGUGUCUUCUGGGACAAACGUGUUGGUCUGUGGGCCCAACGGCUGUGGAAAGAGUUCACUCUUCAGAGUGCUGGGAGAGCUGUGGCCUCUAUGUGGAGGACAACUCACAAAACCAGAGAGAGGGAAACUCUUCUAUGUUCCUCUGAGGCCCUAUAUGACACUGGGUUCCCUCCCUGAGAUCAGGUGAUUUAUCCUGACAACACAUGAAGACCAAAAGAAGAAAAGAACGUCUGAUCGGGUGCUGAAGGAAUAUCUGGACAAUGUCCAGCUGGGACAUAUCCUGGAGAGAGAGGGCAGCUGAGACAGUGUGCAUGACUGGAUGGAUGUCCUCAGUGGAGGAGAGAAAAAGAGGAUGGCUAUGGCUCGUUUGUUUUACCACAAGCCCCAGUUUGCUAUUCUGGAUGAGUGCACCAGCGCUGUGAGUGUGGAUGUGGAGGACUUCAUCUACAGCCACUGUCGAAAGCUGGCAUCACACUGUUCACAGUCUCCCACAGGAAAUCACUAUGGAAGCACCAUGAGUAUUACUUGCAAAUGGAUGGAAGAGGAAACUAUGAGUUUAAACCCAUCAUGAAGGAAACGGUGGAGUUUGGAUCAUAAUAAUGACACUGGGC